GCGCGGCGCCGCCCGGGGCGGAGGCCGGCCGCUGUGGGGCUCGCCCUGAGCCGGGACCCCCCCCCCCCCAGCCUCCCUCCCGGGGAUCAUGGAACCGCGCCCUCCCCGGCCGCCACCGCGCCCGCGCCACGCUCCCCUCCACGGUCCCCAUGUCUGGAUCUGACGGAGCCGGGCAGCCAUGAGCGCCAACCCCCAGUGGGACGUCAGCAGGGCGCUGGGGGUGGCCCGGCUCUUCCACCUGGUGUGCGGGGUCCGGGACGCCUGCGUGACCCCGUUUUUGACGCUGUACCUGCGGCAGCUGGGCCUGGCCGCGCCCUGGGUGGGCAUCCUCAUGGGGACCAAGCACCUGGUGGCGGCCUGCUGGGCUCCCUUGUGCACCUUCCUGGCCAGGAGCUACCAGAAGCGGCGGAUGCUUCUGAUCGGCUCGCUGCUGGGCUCGGCGGGGGCCAGCCUGCUCAUGGUGCUGGUCCCCGCCCUGGAUGGACACCUGAGGGAGCGCCCUUGCAACGGGAGCGACAGCGUGCCCGCCACGGCCCUGCCUCGGGGGGCCGCGAUCCCUGGGAACACGACCUCCGCCCGAGAGUGGAGCUCGAGCCCGCCAGUCGGGGCGCUCGGCCUUCCCGCCCGGAGGAGGAGGGACGCCCCCGAGGCACCUGGCCUGGGAAACGGACCCCGCGAAGACCGCGGAGCACGUCCGAGUGGCCUCCGGGGCCGCUGGGUGGGCCCGAUUGAAGAAGCCAGGACUUCGACCCAAGUUCCCGGGUCUCGUACUUCUGAAGUAAGAGACGACGCUUGGGAGAGCGCCCUGGAGGUGGUGAAUUCCGCCCUCGCCCUGCUUCCCUUGGGGACAGUGCCAGAAAAUCCAGCCAACUUGUCAGAGGUCGAGGAGGAAGCCCAGGCCCUCGGCCUCUCCCUGGAAGGGUUGCGGUGGACUUUCACCCUCUCCCUGGGGUUCGUGGUGUUUUGGGAACUGCUCACCGCCCCUCUGGAGCAGGUGGCAGAUGACAGCCUUUAUGAAUACUUAGAUUUCGUGGAUGCCACCGACCGCUACCGACACUUGUGGAUCUGGAGGUUGCUGGGCAUGUCAGCAGGUGUGUGUGGCAUCACCGCCUUGGUGGGGCAACUGGACUGCCUCCCCAUGACCAACGGCCCGCGGGGAGUGGUCCACUUCUACAGCUACUCCCUGGUCAGUAUCCUGGCCUCGUUGGUGAGCAUCGCCUUCCCUGUCCCCAUCUCCAGGCGGCCGGAACCCAGCUACAAAACCAUCAAAGCCCUGUCUGUCAUAGGAGGCGACCCCCGCCUCGUGCUCCUGGCUCUGACCGUCUUUUUCAUAGGAGCUGUGGCCAGCACGGUGCAGAACUUCCUAUUCUGGCACAUGAAAGACCACGGCAGCAGUGAGCUGAUCAUGGGGUUUUCUGUGGCCCUCAGCUUGCUGGGGGAGCUCCUGCUCCAUCCAUUCAAAACGGUGUUGCUCAAGAAACUGUCCCGGGUGGGCGUGGUCGGGCUGGGGCUGGGCUGCCUGGCUGCGCAGUUGCUUUACUACUCUUUCCUCUGGAGCUGGUGGUCCGUCCUGCCCGUGCAGGUCCUCGGGGCCAUCAGCAGCGGGGCGCUGUGGUGGGGCGUGGCGGCCUCCAUAGAGGAAGGAGCCACCCCAGGCACCGAGAGACCUCUGGGCACCAUGUUCCAGGGCCACUUUUACGGAGGUGGCUGCAGUCUGGGCAGCUUUGUAGGGGGGUUCGUGGUGAUGCGAUUCAACCUGGUUGUGCUGUACCGGUCCUGCUGUGUGGUCCUUGUGCUCUGGCUGGCCUUGUUCCUGUCCAUCCAACCCAGGCUGCCCAAAGGGCAGAAGAUCAACUACUCGAAGCUGUUGGCUGUGGAGGGAAGCGACACCAGCGACUCUGAGCAGGGGUCUGAGCGGGACUGGCUCGUGAGGGCCAUGAAGGAGGAGCAUUGCGGCUGGAAGGGCUGAAUGGGGCACAGCACACACAGCACAUGCACCUGG